AUGAUGGCCAAGGCCGUGAAAAUUGAAGUCACCUCGAGGCAAAUGAUAAAGCCAAGCUCCCCAACGCCACCGGAGAAGUCGUCGCUAAAGCUCUCCAUAAUGGACGAGCUAAACUACGUCAUGGCCACGCCGCUGACCUUAUUUUACCCGGCGCCUGAUGCCGGUCAGCAGGACGUCACCGUUCCAAGGCCCGGCCUUCUCAAAUCCGCCCUCGCCGAUGCCCUCACACUCUACUACCCGUACGCCGGCGAGCUCAGGGCGAGCAAUGUGAUCGAGUGCAACGACGCUGGGAUCGAGUUCGUCGAGUGCAACGUCGCCGGUACCCUCUCCGACAUCGUGUUUCGCUGCCCGGACCUCGACCUCCUCGACAGCUUCCUGUCCAUCGACGACCUAAACUCUGCGGAUCGCUACGUAGGAGGCCAGAUCAAGACCCUCGCCUUCUCCUGCGGCGGUCUGGCAGUGGCGAUCAGUAUGACUCACAAGGUCGGCGAUGGCAUUUCCAUGUUCGCCUUCAUCCGGGCCUGGGUUGCCGCCGCAGUUGCGAAGGAGAAUUCGAAGCCGAUUCCGGCAGAGCACUACCCGACAUUCGCUUCCAAUUCGAUGGUCCCUUCCUCGAGCGACCUGUCAGUGCCCCUGCCUCGCUUACCACCGGCACAAAGAGAGCAGAUCAGGGCGACAACAAAGCGGUUUGUGAUCGGGUCGGAGGCAAUCAAGCGAAUCCAAGCUCGGUGUGUUAGCGACGCCGUGGAGCGCCCAACACGGUCCGAGGCACUUACUGCGAUCGUUUGGAGGUCGUUGAUGAAGAUCAACCGAGCCAAACGUAUCGCAGCCGGACGUCAAGGUCAUAAGGAGAAGUCCAUCCUCAUCCACGCCACGAACUGGAGACAGCAGCUCGACCCACCAUUGCCACGGACAUUGGUGGGCAACCUGUCAGGCAAGUUCGUGUGUCGGAUAGAGGAAGGAAGCAGCAAGGAUCUGAAAGCACUGGCGGCGUACCUGAGAGCAGGGCAGGUCGAAUCGGGCAAACCUAUGAUGCAGGGGAACAAACUAGCCGAAGAGGAGGCGCAGGGGAUCAUCGAGUUUGUGAGGGAAGUCCAGGAGGUGACUACCAGGGGCGACGUGGAUAUCUACAGCUUCAGCAGCUUGCUCUCGUCGUUUCGACUCUAUGACAUCGACUUCGGCUGGGGGAAGCCGGCUUGGGUCGUCUUCACCAACUUGAUCAUAAAGAAUUACGUAAUUUUCAUCGAAGAUAUCGACCGGUCGGUCGAGAUCCUGAUUUCUACAGGUGAAGAUGAUGGUCGUAUGCUGGAGAAUGACGAGGAGCUGCUCGAGUUUGCGUCGGUGAACCCUCCGGUUGUUCGAGGACUGAGACCUUCGGUCGCACUCCAAUCGCGUAUUUAG